CGCCCAGGCGGGAGAGUUCCGCCGCUGUUUCCAGGCCGAUUGGCGGGCUGAGGCGCCACGAGGCCAGCCCGGACGAGGCGUCUGGGCUCGGUGGCUCCUCCCCUUCGCUCGGCUCGCGCCGCCUCCUCCUCCCUCGGGAGCGCCGUUGGGAUGGCGGAGGAGGGAUGAGGGACCCGGAGCCGCCUCAGCAGCGGCGGCGGCAAGGCCGAGCGACUCACUGACCGACCGACCGACCGAGACUCGCAGCCGCCUCCGGGGAAGAGCAAGGAACCCCCCAUAAAGAAAGCCUCGUCUCCCCCCCCCUCCCCCUUCCUCCCGGGCUCCGUCUUCGCCUCCCCCGCUGCUCCUGCCGCCGUUGCCGUCGCCCUGGGGCCGGGCGGGCGACCGGGGAGCCGCGGCGCUUGGAUGCCUGGAGCCCGCGGCAGAGACCCAGCCCCGAGCCCGCCAUGGGCUGCUGCGGGAGCGCCGCCUCGCAGAGCUCCAAGCGAGAGUGGAAGCCUCUUGAGGAUCGCAGCUGCACAGAUAUCCCAUGGCUGCUACUAUUCAUUCUCUUUUGUAUUGGAAUGGGUCUUAUUUGUGGCUUUUCAAUAGCUACUGGAGCAGCUGCAAGAUUGACUUCAGGAUAUGACAGUUACGGAAAUAUCUGCGGACACAAGAAUGUAAAAAUAGAGGGAAUCGACAACAGUGGUUUAGACCUGACAGAAAAGAAGUACGUGUUCUUUUUGGAGCCAUGCAAUGUAGACCUGGUACGUCAGAAGAUCAAAUCUAUUGCUCUGUGUGUGUCAGCGUGCCCACGAAAUGAGUUGAAAACUCUGGCAGAUGUUCAGAAAUUUGCAGAGACUAAUGGUUCCACUCUAUGUAGCUAUGAACUAAAGCCAUCUGAAUACACUACAAAUCCAAGGGCUGCUCAGCUUUGCCCCAAGCUCCCGGUUCCAGAGAGUGCACCUAUUCCAUUCUUCCAUCGCUGUGCUCCUGUGAACAUUUCCUGCUAUGCCAAGUUUGCAGAAGCCCUGAUCACCUUUGUCAGUGACAGUAGUGUCUUGCACAGGCUGAUUAGUGGAGUAAUGACCUGCAGAGAGAUUAUAUUGGGACUUUGCUUGUUAUCACUAGUGCUUUCCAUGAUCAUGAUGGUGAUAAUCAGAUACAUUUCAAGAGUAGUUGUUUGGAUCUUAACUAUUCUUGUUGUUCUGGGAUCACUUGGCGGCACAGGAGUGUUGUGGUGGUUGUAUGCGAAACAGCAAAUGUCUCCCAGUGACACGCUAACUGUUGAUCAGCUUCAAAUAGCCAAAGACAAUCGUCAGGCCCUCCUGAUCUAUGCCAUUGCAGCUACAGUCUUCACAGUUAUCUUACUGUUGAUAAUGUUAGUUAUGCGCAAACAAGUAGCUCUCACCAUUGCCUUGUUCCACGUGGCUGGCAAGGUUUUCAUUCACCUGCCACUUCUCGUCUUCCAGCCAUUUUGGACCUUCUUAGCCCUCAUGUUCUUUUGGAUCUAUUGGAUCAUGGUUUUGCUCUUCCUAGGUACCACCGGUAGCCCCGUGGGAAAUGAACAAGGUUUUGUUGAGUACCGGGCUGCAGGCUUCCAGAGGUACAUGUGGUGGUACCACAUUGUGGGGCUGGUUUGGAUCAGUGAAUUUAUUCUCGCCUGUCAGCAGAUGACUGUAGCAGGAGCUGUUGUGACAUAUUAUUUUACAAGAGAAAAAAGGAAUCUGCCAUUCACACCUAUUCUGGCAUCUGUCAAUCGCCUGAUCUGUUACCACCUGGGAACUGUGGCUAAAGGGUCUUUUAUUAUUACCUUGGUGAAGAUUCCGCGGAUGAUCCUUAUGUAUAUUCAUACCCAAGUCAAAGGAAAAGAAAAUGCCUGUGCUCGAUGUAUUCUGAAAGCCUGCAUUUGCUGCCUUUGGUGUCUGGAAAAGUGCCUGACUUACUUAAACCAGAAUGCAUACACAGCCACAGCUAUCAACAGCACCAACUUCUGCACCUCAGCAAAGGAUGCCUUUGUGAUAUUAGUGGAGAACGCCUUGCGUGUGGCUGCCAUAAACACAGUGGGAGACUUCAUGCUAUUCCUGGCGAAGGUCCUCAUCGUAUGCAGCACAGGCCUGGCAGGGAUCAUGCUGCUGAACUACCAGCAGGACUACAUCGUGUGGCUGCCGCUCAUCAUUGUCUGCCUGUUUGCGUUCCUGGUUGCUCACUGCUUCCUGUCCAUUUACGAAAUGGUCGUGGAUGUCCUCUUCUUAUGUUUUGCCAUCGAUACAAAAUAUAACGAUGGCAGUCCUGGGAAGGAGUUCUACAUGGAUAAGGUGCUGAUGGAGUUUGUGGAGAACAGCCGGAAAGCAAUGAAAGAAGGCAGGGGAGGCGGUGCUGACGGCAGAGAACUCAAACCAAUGGCCUCUGGAACAAGUUCAUCUUGAAACUGGUCAGCCAUUAUGGAAACCACUGACAUUCCAAAUCAAUAUCUUAUCUUAUCUUAUCUAGCUAUAUAAAUAUAUAAAUAUAUAUAUAUAUAUAUAUCGAUAUAUAUAUUAUUUAAAAAGCAGCCAAAAUCAGAGAAAAGGAACAGGGAUUUAAUACUUUUUUAAUGAUUAUUUUUGUGAAACAUGUACUCUUUUCAUACGGGUGGCUUUUACAAGCAACUUUUAUCAUUGUUCCAUUUUAAAACUAAUCAUUGUGGUUCGUGGCAAUGUUACGAUUGUUAAUCCAAUUGAGACUUUAUAAUAUGGAGGAGGAUUCCAUAAUAUUUAAGAAGAAGCAUGAACGUUGAUGCAGAUGUGAAAUGCAUAAGUGGGUCAAGUAUCUUCCCCUCAUGGUUAUUUUUAAUGAGCAUAACUCUUUAAAACUUAAUGGAUAAUGACUGUUUUGGGAGGAAAAGUCCUUCAUGCAUUUUUUUAAAGAAGUGAAAUGUACAAUACAUUAAUCAUUUUGGAUAUUUCUCUACCCCACCCCCCUUCUUUUUUUUUGGCUAUGGGAUGCUAAUAGAAUCCAGCAAAUUCUACAUAUCCAGAUGUUUCCCAUUAACACAUUAGAUAAUGUAUACCUAAUGCAUUAAAAA